AUGUCCGACAGAGACAAGAAUGGCUGUGACAGUCAAGAAGAUGUCCCUGUCCCAGUGGAGGUGUGGCCUGAGCUGGAAAGGGCUGAGUGCCUGGCCCGGGGUGCUGCCCUAAAGUGGGCUUCAGGAGUCUUCUGUCGUCCUGAGCAACUGGAGAGACUGGGACAAUACAGAAAGAGAGAGAGUCAAAGAACCUCAUCCAUCCACUCUAGACUAAAAUCUGUUGUACAGUCAUAUCUGGAGGGGGUUGACUGGGGUCUGGAACAGUUACGGGAAGCACGGACAGAGCUGAGGGAGGUGUCUCAUGCCCUACAGAAAACAGUGGUAGAGUCCAGAAAAAACGCAGAGGGGAUAACAGCUUUGGAGACGAUGCGUGAACUGUCCAUAAAUCACUGUAAACUACUUGCUGCUGUUAGCAACCUGCCCCGCAUCUACUCGGUGCGAACAAUGAUCCAGGAGACAGAGCGACUGGUGGAGUCUCGCAGGCUUCUGGAAGCUCAUGCCAGGUUAAUGGAGCUAGAGGUCUGGCAGGAUGAAGUCCUACUGCAGCUGCGGGGCUCCGGAGAUGAGGACAAAGAACUGGUGCAGAAUUACUUCUCAGGCGUCGGCCGUCUGGUGGACGCUUUGGCCAAGGAGCUGUGGGCAGUGGUGGCAAGCGGGCUGGCACUGGCACGCCAGAACCCCACCCCUUUCGUUUCGGCCGUGCGGAUCGUGGAGAGGGAAGAAGCGCUGGAUAGGUCUCUGCUAGCGGAGAGAGGACCCACAGCGGACCACAGCAGACCCUUGCCACCAGGGAGACCUCGCUGCUGGAGAGAUCGCUUCUUCAAGGUGAUGGAGGAGGCAGUGUCAGCGCGUUUCCGCAGCGUGUCUUACCUGCACACGCGUGGGCCCGGUCUUGCUGGCCACCUCUCUGCCCUGCAGCAUGGCAUUAUGGGAGACCUAGACACAGUACGCCAUCUACUGGAGCACUGUGUCCCACCACACUACCAUCUAACGCAGGCUUAUCUGCGUGCCUGCCAUCGCUGCUUGCAAGCCCACCUGAGCCAGGUCAGCGGCUGGGAGCUGGAGAGUGGAGAGAUCUUCGCUGUCCUUAACUGGGUCUUGCAUAUCUAUAACAGUCCAGAGAUGAUGGGUCAUCCAGACAUUGUUCCUGAGAUGGAGAUGGAGGAAUUAGGACCCCUUAUAUCUCAAGAGGGUCUGGAACAGCUGCAGAACAAAUACGUUCAUAGUGUGCGGAAGAGUGUGUCAGAGUGGAUGCAGAAAGCUCUGGAAGUUGAGCUGACAGACUGGCAAAGGGAGCAGGAGCCUGAUGUUGAUCAUGAAGGUUACUACCACACCAGCCUGCCAACCAUCAUCACUCAGAUGUUAGAGGAGAAUGCACGUGUGGCUCUCAUGAUCAGUGAAGCUCUGAGGGACCAGACCAUUCAGAUGGGACUCUAUGAGAUGGAGACCCUCCUCAACAGGUUUCGGGAGGCUCUUGUCGAAUUUGGGAAGGAUCAUCGCAAAGAUCAAAGCACGAACAACAAUAAGUUCUACCUCCAUUAUUUACUGGCCUGCAUUAGCAACUGCAUCAUCCUCAAGACUUCCACAGAGAGCCUGCAGCAGCAGCUAAGUUCUCGUUCAUCAGUGAGGUUUUCACGGAGUCCCCUCGGGCAUCUGGCUGCCCUGGACCGCGCAGUGAGGAAAGCCUGCCGUCUUGUGAUGGAUCACCUACUGAUGGAAAUGCAGCCCUACUUACAGAACCUCAUGUCCCGUGCCUGGCUGGCCCAGGGAGAUGUCAUUCCUCAAGUGUGUGGGGUCCUGGAACGCCACUGGGAUCUGUUCAACCAUGUGAGACCACCUUGCCAACAGCGUCUGCGGGAGGAGUGUCAGUGGCUCACCGUGGUUGAAUAUGUACGAGCACUCAUGCAGAAGAGACUAAUCUGUCGGAACGCAGAGGAACGACGCCAGCUGGCACAAAGAAUGGCACAGGAUGCCCAGCAGCUAAAAGAACACUGCCAGGGCAUGGAAGGUGAGGGAAUCCUAACUGAGGGUAACCCCGUUGACUUGUUACCCGUGCUGGCAGACUUCAUUAAACUGAGAGAUCCAGGCAUGCUUACACUUGAAGUCUCUGGGAUGGUUGCCAAAUACCCUGAUAUCAGUGAGGAACAUAUCUCAGCACUGCUAGACAUCAGGGGAGAUGUCAGCAGGGACGUGCGAAGCUCUGUUUUGGAUUUACUGGAGCAGAUCGCCCCAGCCCUGCCGGCAGGAUACCGUCCCAUCUUCUCCGACAUCCUAGUGCCUGCUCCCAGCAUGCCUUUCUGUUUGCCUACCGCCAAAUGUGCCUGAGAAGACAUUUACUGGAUGUAGUCAAUAGACAGCAUUGCCUUAUCAUGACCUACGCAAAGCACCAGAGGAGAAAACAGUCAAUGUUCCCUGCUCCUUCCAUAUGUGCC